AUGCUCGUCGUCGGCCUCACAGGCGGAAUAGGCACAGGGAAGAGCACCGUCUCUGGCCUCCUCAGUUCACGGCACCAUCUCUCAAUCGUCGACGCCGACAUCCUCGCGCGCGAUGCCAUCGCCCCUGGCUCGGCAGGCUUCCGCAAAGUCGUGGCCCACUUUGGUGCGGACCGUAUCCUCAAUGCAGACGGGAGCCUGAACCGCUCCGCACUCGGCGACAUCAUCUUCCGCGACCCCAACGAACGCCAGUACCUCAACGGCAUUAUCCAUCCCGCCGUGCGGCGCAUGAUGUUCAUGGCUGUACUCAAGGCGUGGCUUCGUGGCGAGUGGUGUAUCGUCCUCGACGUGCCUCUUCUCAUCGAGGCGAAUCUGUGGAAGUGGGUCGGUGAGGUCAUGGUGGUGUUUAUCUCGGAAAAGCUCCAGCUUCGCCGCAUCCUUGACCGCCCCCCUCUCCCGGGAAAUGCACCCCUCACCGAAUCGCAGGCGCAAGAUCGGAUGCGCGCGCAGAUGCCGGUCGCGGACAAGCUCGUGUAUGCCACCACUGUCGUCGAUAACAGUGGCUCGCUGUCGGACCUCGAGGCGCAAGUCGAUCGUGCCGUUGCCAAGUGGCGCGCGCAGCAGGGUGGGAGCUCGGGAUGGUGGUGGAAACUGUGCUGGCUCGUGCCACCCGUCGGUAUCAUGGCUGGGUGGAUAUGCCUCCUUCGCACGUAUUUCCGGGCUAAGACUGUGCGGAAGCGCACGCGCGGGGAGGUGGAGAGGCGAGGGGUGGAGAUGCAGGACCUCAAGCGGGCUUAG